UUUUCUCUUAUAGUGCUUUAUUAGGCCAGGAUAAAUCGCUACUCAGAAUGGGCUAGGUGAUUUCGUUCAUCCCAUUCUUCAUAUCUGUUGUAUCUGCCAGAAUAAAAUGGAAUAGUGUCUGUAACAUAUUAAUAGAGAAUGUUAGUGAAAGCAGUCGUAGUGUCAUCAUCAGGUUGCGACCAUACUCAUCCUCCUUGUUUUGAUCCAUUUUAUUCUCUACAUUAGAUUGAGUAAUGAAAGUUAUAAAAGAAAAAUUCUCAGUAAGUUUAAUAAAAAUAAAUAAUGCAGAACUCCGAUUAUUCAGACCAAGAAGAUUUUUGUAAUUUGGACAAAAGAUACUUUAUGGGAAUCUAUCCUGCUAACCAACUAUCAGAAAGUUUAUUUGGUGCCGUUGACUUCUUAGAUCCUAGCAAGAAUCUCGAAUAUUCAGGCUUAGAAGAAGCCGACCAGCCAGAAGAAGUAUUAAACUUUUGUAAGAAUCCUGGAAGCAUUAUUGAGGAAGAGAACAAGGAGAUAUUUGGGAUUCAAAGUUGAGAAAGCUUACCAUUAAACCAAUUUGAUAGCUUUCUACAAUCAAAUAUGGAUCCAGUUGAGUCAAUUGACAAGAAACCCUCUCCAUCAACUGAAGAACUUCCAAAGAACCUGGAGAAAUUUGAAGUCCCGGCUUGAAGAAAUUGGAUAAGGUGGGGAAAGAAUGAAGAUAAACUACUUUUCCAUAAGAUUCACGAACUUGAAAAGCAAGGAGUACUCAGUUUGGAUGAAAUAAUCAACCUCCCUUCUCGAGAGAUCAAGAAUGAUCCUUCUGUUCGUCAUCUCUGCUCAGUCUUCCAUUGGCUAGCCCUCCCCAGAGAUUUAGUGAAAAGAAUUAAGAAGAGAGUGUCUGACUAUUUCUCUCAUCGAGAAAUCAAGUUAAUGAAAAGGAUUAUUAAGAAUCAGUACAAGUACCAGAACCUAGACUAUGAGAAGAUCCUGUAUGAAUUUCCUGGCAAAACCCUCGCUAGAGUGACCGAAUUUGCAGAUCUUGUUGUAACGAGCAAACAGGGCAUGAAGUUGGACCUUAUUAACUCCAAUAACCAAGCUUAA